AUGGCCGCUUCAAGAGGAAGAAACAAAACCCACCCACAAACGUCAUCUCAAUGUCUGAUCCAGAGCGUUGGAGCUAUCUCGGGCCUUCCGAGUUCGUCCGAACUUUGGCUUUUCUCUCCGCAAAAACCAUCCCCGCGGCAAGGUCCAACCCCAGAUAUGCACAGGGGCAAGUGGAGAGGCUCAACUGCCUGGGACGAAGCCACAGGCCACGAGGACAGCAAAAAGACUUCACAGAACAUGGGGUGUUGUGGAGGGAUUCACCGGGGUAGUCGGGGUAGUCGGGGUAGGGUCGGGGUCGAAGGUUCGUCGAAGCUCAUGAGAGCAAAGGUAUAUUAUCCCCUUCCCCAGGAGCCAUCACCGCCAAGUGUUCCUCUUUCUCAUAUUCCUGUAUCAUUCGACACAGAGGCUGAGACUCAGACAUUCCCGCUGCCAAGGGUUCGGAAUUAUUUGAAGUAUUUAUCACCUGCUUCAUACCUCGUCUCAGUCCUCCCUUACCUCCCGUCUGGUCUCGCCCUAUCACCGACGACAACAACCGACCCCAAAACACCAACACUCACCCUCCUCCACCUGCCAUCUCAACCCCAGCACAACCGCCUCAACUCAGUCAACAUGCCCGGUGGCGCGGCUCCCCCCGUUGGGGCUGACACCCUCAGGGUGGAAGCCCCCGUUACCAUGAAGGCGUACCUGAUGUGCGUCUUCGCCGCCUUUGGUGGUAUCUUCUUCGGUUACGACUCUGGUUACAUCGCCGGUGUGAUGGGCAUGGACUUCUUCAUCAAGACCAUCGAAGGCCCCGGUGCUCUCGUCCUCCCCGCCUGGAAGAAAUCUCUCAUCACCUCUAUCUUGUCUGCUGGUACCUUCUUCGGUUCGCUCGCCGCUGGUGAUCUGGCCGAUUGGAUUGGUCGCAAGUUCACUGUCAUCUUGGGUUGCAUGGUCUUUAUCGUCGGUGUGGUCCUCCAAACCGCCUCCGCCUCUCUCAGCUUGAUCGUCGCUGGUAGACUCAUCGCCGGUUUCGGUGUGGGUUUCGUCUCGGCCAUCAUCAUUCUCUACAUGAGCGAAAUCGCCCCUCGCAAGGUUAGAGGCGCCAUCGUUUCCGGAUACCAGUUCUGCAUCUGCAUCGGUCUGCUUCUUGCCAGCUGCGUCAAUUAUGGCACCCAGGACCGCGAUGACAGCGCCAGCUACCGUGUCCCUAUCGGUCUUCAGAUGGCUUGGGCUUUGAUUCUCGCCGGCGGUUUGGCUCUCCUUCCCGAGUCGCCCAGAUUCUUCGUUCGCAAGGGCCAGCUCGACAAGGCGCGUGUCACUCUCGCCAGACUGAGAGAUCAGCCUCUUGAUUCCGAGUACAUCCGUGAUGAGCUUGCCGAGAUCAUUGCCAACCACGAGUACGAGACUAGCAUUGCGCCCGUCGGCGGCUACUGGUCCGCCUGGAUGGUCUGCUUCCAGGGCUCCAUCUUCAACAGCAGCAGCAACCUCCGCCGCACUGUCCUCGGCACCUCCCUCCAGAUGAUGCAGCAGUGGACCGGCUGCAACUUUGUCUUUUACUUCGGCACCACCUUCUUCCAGCAGCUCGGCACAAUCUCCAACCCCUUCCUCAUUUCCCUCAUCACCACCCUCGUCAACGUCUGCUCUACUCCCAUUUCCUUCUGGAGCAUGGAGAGAGUCGGCCGGAGACCUCUUUUGAUCUGGGGCGCCCUGGGCAUGGUUAUCUGCCAGUACAUUGUCGCCAUCAUCGGCACCGUCAAGCCCGACGACGACAACUGCGUCAAGGCCAUGAUUGCCUUCAUCUGCAUCUACAUCUUCUUCUUUGCCACCACCUGGGGCCCCGGCGCUUGGGUUGUCAUUGGCGAGGUCUUCCCUCUGCCCAUGCGCGCCAAGGGUGUGGCUCUUUCCACUGCUUCCAACUGGCUCUGUAUGUGUUCCCCUCUUACCUCCCCAUUACCAUACCCCAUAGACACAGCGCUAACCAGACCCCAAAAAUAG